UGUAUUUGCAUCUUGUUUCAGACUAUUCCUGUGGCUUUCUUCUUGAAGAAUAUAGGAGGAAGAAAUGAACAGAUGGCAGCAGAGUUAAGGUCAGAUGUAUCCAAAAUAACAUGGAAAGUGAAAAUAGAUGGCCAGAGACUCACAAGUGGUUGGAAAGAGUUUGCUCUCGCUCAUGAUCUUCGAAUUGGCGACAUCCUUGUUUUUAAACUAGAGAGAGACAUGAGUUUCCACGUGACAAUGUUGGGACCUAGUUGUUGUCAGUAUGUGCCGUCAUUGCACAACCAGAACAACCUCGGGAAGAUUCAAAGCAAAAAGAAAGAAGCAACAUCUUCAGUAGAUCUCUCUUGUUUCGUGGCUAAAGUCACGACUUCGAACCUACGUUUUGACUCACUGAAUCUUCCAUUGAGUUUUGUGAGAGCAAAUGGUCUAGACAAAAGAUGUGGGGAAAUAAUCCUGAUUAAUGAAAAGGGAAGAUCAUGGACUGUUGAUUUGAAGCAAAAGACAUCAUGCGAAGCUACGUACAUCAAACGGGGAUGGAGAAGUUUCUGUCAGGCUAAUGGACUUAGAGCUGGAAGUUUCUUCACUUUCAAACUGAUCCAAAGAGGAAGGAGUCUUGGUUUGUUACGUCUAUCCCCCAGAGAGAUAAAAGAAGAAGAUGGCUUAUCAGAAGCUAAUGUAGUGAAGAGUACACUGAUAUGGAAACCUUCUUUGUCACCAUCUCAAAACCGUUUUGUGACGGUGACCCUUACACCUUACAACCUCAGAGAAUCUAAUCUGACUCUUCCAAUACCUUUCACAAGGGUUAAUGGCAUAAAAAAGGCAAAGAAGAUGAGUCUGUUGGAUAAACACGGCGUGAAGUGGUCUACCAAAAUGUCCUUUGAGGUGAAACGCCAGAGAAUGAGAUUGAAAGGAGGUUGGAAAGAGUUCUGCAACGCCAACGGUGUGAAGAUAGGAGAGUCAGUCAUCUUGGAGCUGGUUUGGGAAGCAGACAGAAGCUCUGUUCUUAAGUUUUGUUCCAAGGUGAAACCAGAGACCAACUGA